AUGUCGUCAGAAAUCAAGAACAUUGUUAUUAUUGGGGCCGGUGGUAAUCUUGGGCCAUCCAUCCUCAACGCCUUCCUCGACGCCUCUCCCUUCAAUGUGACAGUUCUCUCGCGUGAAGGAUCCAAAUCCACCUUCCCCUCUGGAGUUAAAGUAGUCCGGGCAGACUACAACUCCAUCGACUCCCUAGCUGUCGCAUUCCAAGGCCAGGAUGCCGUCAUCUCACUCGUCGGCGGCGCGGCGAUAGGCGAUCAGGAAAAUCUCAUCAAUGGAGCCAUCAAAGCCGGUGUCAAGCGCUUCAUUCCUUCCGAGUUUGGAAGCAACACUGUCGAUCCGAAAGUCCGCGCCAUUGUACCCAUCUUUUCAGCUAAGACAGGAACAGUUGCUUAUCUGAAGAGCAAGGAAAGUGAGAUUAGUUGGAGCAGUGUCAUUACUGGGCCGUUCUUCGACUGGGGUCUCAAAGUCGGCUUCCUGGGCUUCCACAUCCCGUCCAAAACUGCCACCCUCAUCGACUCAGGCACUGCCCCUUUCAGCACCACUAACCUCCACCAAAUCGGCCUCUCCCUCAUCAAAAUCUUGCAAAACCCAUCCGAAACAAAAAACAAGUACAUCUAUGUCUCCUCUUUCACAACCACUCAAUCUGACAUCCUCGCCGCCGUUGAGAAGCUCUCAGGUGAGAAGUGGACCGUCAAGCAUGUUACGAGCAAGGAGUUGAUAGAGAUUGGUAAUGAGAAGCUGAAGAACAAAGACUUCAGUGGGAUUGGCGAUUUGAUUAAGGCAGUGGCAUGGGGGAAAGAGGGGUUGGGGGAUAGUAGACCUGCAGGACUGUGGGAUGAGAGGCUGGGGUUGGAGAAGGAGGGAUUUGAGGAGAGUAUUGAAAAGGCUCUGGGGGGGAAGUUGGUGGGCGAAAAAUGA